AUGAACUGUCGCUCAGUUGACACCAUCCUUCAUAAAUGUGCAACCCGCCCGAGUGAAUUAAUCGUCGAACCUUGGACUGCAGGCAGCGAGCUCUCCCGGCAGCUGGACCUGUGGCUCUCCAAGGCCGACCUGACGCACGGGCCGGCGCGGGCGAUAAUAGCCCCGCACGCUGGAUAUUCCUACUGUGGUGCGUGCGCCGCCUUCGCGUACAGACAAGUCAGUCCCGUAGUAGUCAAACGCAUCUUCAUUCUGGGGCCAUCCCACCACGUGCGUUUGGGUGGGUGCGCUCUCUCCGUCCUAGACAAGUACCAGACACCGCUUUACGACCUCACCAUAGACAAGCAGAUAUACGCGGAGCUGGAGGCGACACGCCAGUUCGAGUGGAUGGACGUACAGACGGACGAAGACGAGCACUCUAUAGAGAUGCACCUGCCCUACAUAGCCAAAGUUAUGGAGGAAUACAAGACCGGGUUCACGAUCAUACCGAUCCUGGUUGGCGCCCUAACGCCGGAGAAGGAGGCCAAGUACGGCUCGAUCCUGGCCCCCUACCUGGCCGACCCGCAGAACCUGGUGGUGGUCUCCUCGGACUUCUGCCACUGGGGCUCGAGGUUCCGCUACACGUGGCGGGACCCGUCCAAGGGCCACAUCCACCAGAGCAUCGAGUGGCUGGACAAGCAGGGAAUGGACCUGAUAGAGAAGAUGGAUCCGCACGGUUUCGCGGACUACCUGAACAAAUAUGGCAACACCAUAUGCGGGCGGCAUCCCAUCGGUGUGCUUCUUCGGGCGAUAGCGAAGUUGCGGAGCCAGUCGAAUUCGCCGCGGAUGUCCCUAAAGUUUCUAAAGUACGCGCAAUCCUCUCAAUGCAUCAACCAGCAGGACUCCUCCGUUUCCUACGCCAGCGCCUCCCUAGUCUUCGAA